AUGGAGAUGCGGGUGCCUGAAGUGGGGCGACCGGAGGUCGUUGAUGUGGAUCCUUAUCCCGAAGACGAGGUGAUGCGUGAGUUUCCCGGUGAUGGGAUAUCUACCCCAGACGACGAGACGGUAUAUGAAAGGAGGAAAUCCGAGGUUUCUGAGGCAAUGCUGUCGCACAGGCAUUCGGGAAGCUGUAUGUCGUCUUCAAAGUCAGGCGGGAUCAGCCAGGCCUUCGCGCAAUCUCUGGUAGCACUGCAGGUUCAGCAAGUAAGCGAACAGGUGGCCCAGAUGCAGGCCACCAGGCCCGAGAUGAUAAGAGCAGCGCCGGUUUGGAGCGUCCUUCGAGGCCUCGCCAGGCCCCUGAGGGGUGCAGCGGGCGAUUUCUAUUGUCUGAGCCAAACGACAACUCGCCUGCACGCUUUUUGGUCUCACAGCUGGCAUGGCUCGGCGAAGCACAAGAUUGCCACCAUAUUCUUCCUUCACAAGGCCAGUGCAGCCACGAUAUUCGGGACCGCGGCAGCUGUAAUCGCCGGUGUUCUCUAUGGGCUGAAACUUCUGCCGGGCUUCGGUGUGGAGG